AUGUGGAUUUUAAAAGUGUUGGUGACAUUGCUGGCCCUGGGGUGGGGAGGGGCCCAGAGUGGUACCGAAUCUGAGGGCGUACAGUUUUUGGAGGACUACAAUACAAAGGCAGGCCUGGUUUAUAACAAAAAUGUCAAGGCGGCGUGGAAUUACUACACCAAUAUUACAGACGAAAAUCUCCAGAUCAUGACAGCAAGCAACUUAGAGUCUGCUGAAUUUUCGAAAGACGUCGCUAGAAACAUCACCGCCAGAUUUCCGAAUUGGAACACAUUUACAGAUGAAAACGUCAAAAGACAGUUCAAGAAGCUUGUUGACUUGGGGUUUGCUGCUGUUAACGACACCGAGAAACUGAAGUCAAUAUCUACAUUGGAGGCAGAAUUAACGGGUAUAUACAGUACGGGCGAGGUAUGUCUUCCAGAGUUUGGGAAAGGCUGUCUCUCUCUCGAGCCAGGUCUGACAGACCUGAUGGCGAGCAGUAGGAACUACCAGGAAUUGACAGCGGUAUGGAAAGGAUGGCGCGACGCAUCGGGAAAGAAAAUGAAGUCGAAGUACACCGACUUUGUUAACGUCAUGAACGAAGCCAUCACUUUUAGUGGUUACAAUGACACUGGGGAUUACUGGAGAUCAUGGUAUGAGACGCCGUCUUUCGAAGAGGAUGUUAAAAGUCUGUAUGAACAGUUGCGUCCCUUAUAUGAAAAUCUCCAUGCUUACGUUCGCAGGAAGUUGAUAAACAAAUACGGAAAACAGUAUUUCCCAGACAAUGGACACAUUCCUGCGCAUCUAUUUGGUAAUAUGUGGUCACAGGAAUGGAUUAAUAUCUAUGACCUGGUAGAACCUUACCCUGAAGCUACAAGUGUGAAUAUAACAGCCAAAAUGAUAGAAAAGGGUUACAAUAUCACAUAUAUGUACAGAGUGGCAGAAGAGUUCUUCACAUCGAUCGGCUUCGAAGCCAUGCCUGAGAGUUUCUGGACAAAGUCGAUGCUUGAGAAGCCAGCCGAUAGAGAUGUAGUUUGCCAUGCGUCUGCCUGGGAUUUCUACGACGGCAAGGACUUUAGGAUAAAGCAAUGUACAACGGUUACAGAUAGUCAACUUCUCACCGUUCACCAUGAGAUGGGACACGUGAUAUAUUACCUAACAUAUUUGAAUCAACCUGUUAUCUAUCGCAGGGGAGCUAACCCUGGUUUUCACGAAGGCAUGGCUGAUAUUGUCAGUUUGUCAUUUCAAACUCCCGAACACAUGAAGGCGAUUGGACUGUUAGAUGACGUUCCUACUGAUGAUAAGAGUGAUCUGAACUUCUUGCUGAAGAUGGCCCUUGAUAAGGUCGCUUUUCUACCAUUUGGUUAUCUGAUCGAUCAGUGGCGCUGGAGCGUGUUUAGAGGGGCGACCACUCCGUCAACCUACAACCACGACUGGUGGGACCUACGAUGCAAAUACCAAGGUAUAUCACCUCCAGUGGAAAGGUCAGAGGAAGAUUUUGACCCUGGCGCAAAGUACCAUAUUCCUGGGAACACACCAUACAUAAGGUAUUUUGUCAGUUUCAUUGUCCAGUUUCAGUGGCAUAAGGCUCUUUGUGACGAAGUUGGAUACGUAGGACCCCUUCAUAGAUGUGACGUGUAUCGUAACGUGUCAGCUGGUAAUCUAUUGAGAGAGAUGUUGAAAUUGGGUUCGUCUAGACCAUGGCAGGACGCCAUGCAGGUUAUAACGGGAUCUCGUGAAAUGACUGUUCUACCUCUGGUACAGUACUUCGACCCAUUGUUGCAAUGGUUGAAGGAACAGAACAAGGAGGAAAACAUUGGUUGGAGCUCCAUCUGCCCAACAAAUAUUCCAUCGGCAAUUGCUCCCACCACUACGUCAGGUUCUCCCAUCAUCAAUGUAUCCGAUACCUUAGCCAUGCUAAUCCUGUUGAAGAAGCUUUUUGUAUAG